UUGGUUUGUGGUUUUUUCGAAAUCAAUAAGAUUAGACACGUUUUCUUUGGGAUCGUGAUAAAAACCGACAACAACAAAGACUAAAAUUAAAAUAGAAAGUGAGUGUUCAGGCAGAUGUUCUUGUUCAGUGGCCGUUUUCAAAGGUCGUGACAAAAACCAUUUUUGAUUAAUCACAAGGAACACAUCCGAUGUGAUUGACCAAUUCAGUGUGGCUGGCAAUUGUGCGCGAGUUUUGACACUUCGACAUUUUUCACUUCGAUUUUUAUGGACACAGUUUGAUUAAUUUUUGACAGUUGGAACUAAGAUUUUCAACUCAAAUGAACAGAAGAAGAAAAUGAAUUUAAACCGUUUUAUUCGCAGUUUUGUCCUCGAUUCGCUCGAAUCAAUAAUCAUUGAAAUUUAAAUCCAGAAUUAAAGGCAAAGACUUGAUUCAAGACAAAGACAAAUCGGUUCUGUAUUUCCAUCAUAAGAGGAUACUUUUGGACUCCGGCAAUAUAAACAAAGAACAAAAGUGAGCAUGAAAAUGGAACGAUUAAAAUCAUGAGUAAUCAAAUGGAAAACGUUUUAAGAAAUUAUCGAGCAAUUUAUUGACUUGAAAGAGAAUUAAAUAAAUGUAAACAAAAUAUUGAAUGCAAAUGUGACAUAAAAUAAAAUUUAAAAUUACAAUUAAAAGAAAAAAGCACGUUCUUUUGAAAGAAUUUAAGGAAUCUUCUUCUAUUUCGAUGAAUUCAAGUUGAACAAGUUAUUUUUAUUAUUUGUUUUCACCGUCCAAUCGAAUAAACUUAAAAGAAAAACUCAAAAUCAGUGAAAAUAUUCCUUUUUUUUUCUAAUUUAUUCAACGAAUUUUUCGUCAAUCAAAUGAAUAAAAAUCAAAUUUGAAUAAAACGACCAAAAAAAGUCAACAAAUAAUUGAAAAGAAAUAGAAGAAUUCAUUUUUUUUAAGCCGGAGACACCAAUUUGACGGGAAAAGAAUCGUAAAAUUUCGGUUUGUGUCGCAAAUUGUGUGUUCAAAAUUGUAUUUUAAAGAAAUUGUGUGUCAAUUUCAUGGAAUUUGGCAAAUUUUCGUCGAAAUUUAACGAGAAAAAAAACAGUUUGAAUAAGAAAAAGUGCGGUGUACGAUGAGAAUCCGGUGUUAAAAUUGUCGAAAUUGGAUUAUAGACGGUGUCAGUUUGGGCUGGAAAAAAACGCCGAAGCACCCUGAUUUGUGUGUGUUUGUGUGUGAAUUGCUUAAAGCGGUUGCUGACUUUGACAUGAUGAUGCUGAAACGUUUUGUACUGAUGGAUGCAUAGCAGCUCCCUUUACCAAUUUCCACUUCGGGUGUUUGUGGGUCAGUGCGUUUGCAGUGUGUAAGUGUGUGCCAGCCAACAGUGUGAUACGACGGUGACGCAUUGAAAGACCUAACCGUAGAUGUAUAUCGGAUGUAGACAUUGAAAAUUUGUUUUACGCUACACACACACACACAUAAUCUACUAUCAAAAAUAUCAGAAUUCGGUGAAAUCAUUUGUUUCUACGGUGUAUUGAAUGCUCGUCAUUGGAAACCGAACGCGAAAGAGACGCAUAUGAUUCAGCCAGUGAAUAAUUUCAAUCAACAGUGGUUUCGAUGCAGCGUCGAAAAAAAAACAACAUUCAUUGAUAAAUUCAUAAAAGAAAAUAUUCAUUCGUGAGGUGUGUGCUCUGUGUGACGCGUGUGCGAUAGAGUGAAACAAUCGUAAGAAUCACGGAAAGCGAGAUAUUAUACACACACCUUGACGAUGCUUGCCAUUGAACGGUAAAACCGAACCGAUUAAAAACAUUUUUACGACAAUCAACCGAAACAAAAACAAAAAACAAAACAAAAUAAUUAUCAUAAAUAAGAAACAGUGGAAAUUUUUUACCAGUGCCCAGAUACAGAAGGCAAACAAUUCAAGUGGCAAUCUCUCAUUGCGCAUGACACAUAUUUAUCUCUCUCUUUAUUUACGGUUUGGACUGAGUUGAACGAAGAACAAAAGUGAAAAAAAAAAACAAACAAACAGUUGACAAAAUGAUGCUGAAGAUGAAGUUAACGGUGUUUCGGGUGUUAAUAUUCUAUUUACUGUGCAGUUCAUUGUGUUAUUUGUGUGUUGACGGUCGGGAGGAAUAUGAGCAUCCGAUAUCGUUCUUGGACGGCGAUUCGAUGCGAUCGAUGUAUCGAUCAUUUCGUGAUUUUGCCAUGCGCAUCAUUGGACAAACAGGCCGACGCACUAGAGGCGCUUUUUUACAAGAAACCGACACCAAAUUUCCAUGCAAUAAAUCCGGAAUGCGCAGCCCAACCAUACCAACCAGUGUACAUCGCCUUCGACCCGGUGACAUCGACGUAAUCGCGGCAUUGGGUGAUUCACUGACGGCAGCAUCGGGAGCCUCAUCGGUUCGCGUCACCGAUUUGGUUAUUGAAAAUCGUGGCCUAUCUUGGAGUAUCGGAGGACAAUGGUCAUUCAAAAAUUCAUCAACUCUGCCAAAUAUUCUGAAAGAGUACAAUCCAAAUUUGGUGGGAUAUUCAAAGCACGACGCUUGGACGUAUCAUUUGGACAGUCAAUUGAAUUUGGCAGAGAUCGGAGCAUCUUCGGCCGACAUGCCAUACAUGGCAAAGAUGCUUGUGCAACGCAUCAAAAUGGACAAACGCAUCAAUUUCAAAAAGUCAUGGAAAAUGGUGACAAUCGCAAUUGGAGGCAAUGACAUCUGUUCGUUCAUUUGUCAAAUGGAUGAGCCCGAAAGUUUGCCGCGCAAACACAAACAACGAUUAGUGAAGACGUUACGAUAUUUACGUGACAAUUUGCCAAGAACAUUUGUUUCAAUUGUGCCUACGCCGUUUGUGAAAAGCGUAGUUAUGGUUGAAAAUAAGCCAUUCCAUUGCCAAAUGCUACACCACGGCGAAUGCUCGUGCUGGAUAGGGCAUUUGUACAAUCAGAACAAAGAGAAUCAAGAGCUAUACCAUCGCAUUCAGGCUGAAAUGCACGAAGUCGAAUUCAAUGUGGCACAAAUGAAGGAGUUCCGCAAUCUCAAGGAGUUCGCCGCUGUAUUUCAACCGUGGCCAGUGGGUUUAAGCUUUGAAACAGACGAAAAGCCAUUUGACAGUUCGUUGCUGGCGUUUGAUUGUUUCCAUAUGAGUCAAAAGGGUCACGGUUGGGCGGGAGUUGCGCUGUGGAAUAAUUUAUACGAAAAGCCGGGCAAUAAAACAAAGAAUUGGGUAUCGCCAAAGAAGCGAUUUAUCUGCCCAACGCAGCAGCAUCCAUACUUCUAUACGAAUGACAAUUAUCUGGAGGAGCAAAAUCAGCACAAUUCGGUGUCUGGCAAUAGUGCUAGCUGAUGGGAUGCACCGAAACUAACAUCAAACCGCGAGUGAUUCGUAUACAAAAAAAAAAAAAAAUAAUAGGCAAUAAUACGCUUUGGCUGGUUUAUUUCAUUAACGAUUUUACUACUGGCAAUAGAUACAUACAUAUUUGUUUUUCGUUUGUAACUACCACGUAUGAUAAAUUUAGAAUGGGCAGAAAAAUUGUUGUGUUUUCGCGUGUGAAAUGGCGCGUUAAAUUUUAAGUUGCAUUUAUUUAAUAUUUAUUCGCUGAUUGUUGCGGUUGUGUAAUCGAACGAGGUUGAGAAGGAAACAAACGAUGAGAUUUUGUAGCUGGCGUUGCUAUUAUGUAGUGCUUCAGUUGUUAUGUCACACGCAGGUGAAUAGAUACAUCUAAACCAUUGAUGGUACAUGCCGAGUACACAAUACACAUACCGUGCACUGAGAGCAGCCAGAGGCUGAUGAAGGUCAUACAUUGUACGAUUGGCAUAUCUCAUAAUCACUUGUGCCGCUUAUUCCACUCGAUGCCAUGUAUACGUAGAUUGAAUACGUGGAUAUACCAAGCAUACUGGGUGUGUGUGUGUGUGUGUCGAUGUGUUGUUCUACGGCAAUUUUUAUGAUUAUUUUGUGUAGUUCAUGUGAUUCAUAAAUUUAUAUUCGUUAAGAUAAAUUAUAAUCGUCGUCGCAAAUUUAUUCGAAAAUAUUUUAGUCGUUUUUAGUUUUUUAUUUUCCAUUUUCGAUAAAUUCGCAACGAAUUUUAAUCCGGGUUUUGGUUGAUUUUACUGUAGAUUUUUUUUUUUCCUUUAAGUCGAGCAGUCGAAUUGAAUGGUGCCACAAAUCAAGUCAAUACAAAUGAGAAAGAAUAAACAAGUUGGGAAAAAAACUCGAUCAAUUGAUAAAUUUGUUGACGGUUUUGAGGGAGAUUUGAAAAUUGGUUUAACAAUCGUUCCCAAACAAUAAUGUUGGCCGUUGAACACUUUCGAACGUUUGUUCGACCGAUAAUUCGAAGAAUUGUUUUUCUUUCGUCGAAUGGUCGAACGAAUGUUCGAAGCCAACACUGCCUGAAGAUCACAAAUUCUAAUGAAUGGUAUAUGAUGAUCAAUUGAUCGUUCUUUUCUCUCUUUACCUGAAAUAAACGCGGGUAUUAGUUCAUAGUGUUAGCAGCUGCCCGCUUGCACUUUCAAAGCGGCCAACAUGAAAGUGCCUUAUUUUAGCUUGUAAUUGAAAUUUAGUUGUAACUUACAUUUAUCAUUGACAGCAUACACACAAACAAGAAUAAUUGCUUCGAAAACGUAAUUUCGAUGAUGAAUUUAAUGUGGAUUUUCCCCGCAAUAGAUAGAGGCCAUAGAUGCAUAAUAUGCCGUCAAGUUUUGAUCAAAAUCGUUCUUUUUGUGUGUAUUUGCUAAAAUUCAUGUCGACGGUUUUCAAUAAAGGAACUUAGGGCGUUUUAAUGCAUACAAAGCUUUGUAAAUUUAGAUUCAUGCUUCAGAAAUCCAGCGCUUGCGUCAUUUUGAAACAAUGAUUCUAUUUUCUACAGACUACUUACUUAAAGUCUUUUCGCGUAGAGUUGAAUGCAUAUAAAAAUGAUAUCAAAUUUGACAUCACUCAAGUGAUUGGGUCCAAAUCAUUAAAAUGUCCAAAUUUCCGAAUUGAAACGCUGUCGAUACGUUGUUUAAAUUAUUUAUUAUCACAAAAAUUAACAUUCUGAAUAAAAUGUCUCUGAUUAUG